AUGCACAACUUAAACCAGUACAUGACGAAAUCGAAAGAAGAUCUUCAAGGAAAGAGUAAAAGGCAUAAUAUCUCAAAGCAUUUCAGAAUAUUCCAAAAAGGAGACCUUACCUUCUUUAACCAGGUUUGCCAAUUGGAGCACCAAUUGUUUGAUCAUUUCUUCCCAUCAACAUCAGAGGAUAUAACAAGUCUGAAUCCUUUGGUAGAUCCACUAUGUACUUUCUUGUAUGAUACACUGAGACCAAAGUUAAUCCAUGAAACAAAUCUUGAUGUUCUUUGUGAACUUGUGGAUAUUCUCAAAAUAGAAGUGGUAGAUAUUAAUGAAAGGUUAACCUUUCGUGCUCGAACACAUAUUCGUGAUGAGAUAGCAAAUUAUCCCCUACUGGAUGAAGAUCUAGAUGACCAUGGAAAGUUGGAACAAUCACCUGAUAUCAAAUCAGAUCCCACUUCUAUUGAACUGAGUUCAAAUGUUGUCAAGACUUGGUACCCUCCACUGGAAAAAACUGUAUCCUAUCUCUCAAAACUAUAUAACUGUCUGGAGCAAGCAGUUUUUAUUGGCCUUGCACAGGAAGCUGUUGAGGUUUGCUCUAUAUCCAUCCAAGUCAACUUCUUUGGCAAGGAAACUGUUGACUCGAGUUUUGGAAAGUCAAAUUACCACAAAGAAGGCCGUGAAAAUGGGAAUGUCACAGAAAAUAAAAGCAAUCCCAAUUGGACAGAUCUUCAAGCCCAAAACUCAAGUUCUGAUCUCUCAGACCUUAAGUCCAGGAAAUACAAUUCCAUCCCUUUUGCUGGACCUAACGGUGUUGGGCUUAAUAUUACACUUAGUAUGGAUUGCAAUCAAAAUAAAAGUGAUACAGGGGAACAUAAUGCAUCGGAACCCAAUGCUCGUAUUAAUCAGGCUCCGAAUCCUAUCAAGCAUAUUCCUGAAUUUGAAGUUCUUGAGGAACAUCUACAACAACAAUUCUCCAGUUUUAUCUCCGAAAGCGAAGACGAUCACCUCUCGUUCGAGGAGGAAGAUGUAGAUUUUAAUGAAGAGAGUGGUUUCUACUCAGAGACGAACAUGGUUUGGAAUCGGAAAGAUAAGAGAAGUAACAAGAAAAGGAAGCAACACAAGAUGAAAUCUCUAGUACCUCCAUGUGACUGCCGAACGAAAAAAAAUGGAACAUGCUUCAGACACGAUCACCUUUCAGGUGAUCCAAACAAGAUCUGGAUUCUCUGCGGUGAUUUUAACGAAGUUAGAUCUAAAGAAGAAAGGAAAGGUUCAAUGUUCUCGGUCAAUUGCGCUCAUGCUUUCAAUUCCUUCAUUGCUAACUGUGGUCCUGUCGAUCUUCACUUGGGUGGGAGGAAGUACACUUGGAUGAACACGGAGGGCUCCAAAUUUAGCAAAAUGGACCGGUUUCUAGUAUCUAACAUGUUCCUUCAGUUUUGGACCAACUCUAACACGCUUGCUCUUCCACGUUUAUACCCUGACCAUUGUCCCAUUAUGUUGAAUACUAAUAGUCUAGAUUUUGGUCCACUACCUUUCUAA